GACCGACGGGGUAGAGGCGGGGCCAGAGGCCUCGGCUGCUGCUGCAGGCUGGUGAGUGCUGGAUGCUGGGCCGCGAUCGGGACCGUCGAGGGCGGGGCGCUAGGCCCCCGGCGGCCGUAAUGAGGAGGCGGGGCUGGCGGUUGGGAGGCCGGGCUCGGGAGUCGGGGGCUGGGCCGUCGCGGCGGGGACCAGCCGGAUCGGAUGAGCGGGCCCGCCUGACGGGGGCGGGGCAUCGGGUUUAGGCCUCCGGCUGGGGCCUGGAAGAGCCCGGUUGGGGCGUCUGCGCUACUCGACUCGUGGUGCCUGAGCCGCGGCUUUUCCAAGGGCGUGGGCGUCACCCAGAGGCAGCUCGCUUGGCACCCAGGCGGGGUGUUUUCAUUUCCUCUCGUGACAGGUGCUCGAUUACCUGACGGCCUCAAGGGUCGUUUGUGCGCAUCUUCUCGGUUUGGAUGCUGCUUUGGCAGCCGUCUCUGACUCAUCUGAGGAAUCCCUGGCCCGAGCCCUUCUGAAACCCGUGGAUAUAAGACUUGUUCUCUCUCCACAUUGGUUCCUCAGGGAAGAGGGCGAUGACUAGGCAGGUGAAAAGGACCACUGAAGGUGAGAGGCUUUUUCUCAGGGGUUUCUAUGCCUGGUAACGUCCUAGAAAAUGGUAAUUAACUGUAGGGCUCACGUUGCUCUCAUAGGUUAUGUUAUCUGGAUUCUCUUUCCUGGAUUCCGCUCCUUUUCUUAUCGGGCCUGGUGCUUAUUAAGCUGUGUCUGUACUUUGUGGAUUCCAAGGACAGCCCUUGAGCACAUCUGGGAGGAGGGUGAGAGAGGGAAACAUGAUGUGGCUGCUGGCCUCCUGGGAAUACACUUCUUCUAGGCAUGGUGAAAGUCUGAGGGUUAGGACCAGGCUUUACUCUACUUUUGAGAAGGAGUUCUGAAGCAGCUUUGUGAUUUGGGAAGCCUGAAGUACCAAUGGGAGACCCUGCAGAGCGACCACCUUCUGUCAGAAGCACACACAAAGAAGCAGGUGGCUGCCUGCCCCGCCCAGCGCCAUGCACACGCUCGUGUUCCUGAGUAUGCGGCAGGUGCUCCAGUGCCAGUCAGCUGCCUGCCAGGCCUUACCCCUGCUGCCCCGAGAGCUCUUCCCCCUGCUCUUCAAGGUGGCCUUCAUGGACAAGAAGACAGUCGUACUUCGUGAGCUGGUGCACACAUGGCCCUUCCCACUGCUCAGCUUCCAGCAGCUGCUACAGGAGUGUGCCCACUGCAGCAGGGCUCUGCUGCAAGAGCGGCCCAGCACUGAGAGCAUGCAGGCUGUGAUUCUGGGACUGACUGCCCGGCUCCACACCGCAGAGGGUGAGGCUGGCACACAAUCCUUCUGCAGGAAGCAUGCUCUUCGGGUACUGGAUAUGACUGGUCUCCUGGAUGAUGGUGUGGAGCAGGACCCUGGUACCAUGAGCAUGUGGGAUUGCACAGCAGCUGUGGCCCGCACAUGCAUUGCCCAGCAGCAGGGCAGGAGUUCAGAGCAUGGCCCGGCUCCUGUCCCUGUGGAGGUUCGUGUGGACCUUCGGGUGAACCGGGCCUCCUACGCAUUCCUUCGUGAGGCACUCCGAAGCAGCCUAGGCAGCCCACUUCGGCUCUGCUGCCGGGAUCUCCGGGCUGAGGACCUGCCCAUGCGUAACACUGUGGCCUUGCUGCAGCUUCUGGAUGCAGGCUGCCUGCGCCGUGUGGAUCUGCGCUUCAACAACCUGGGGCUUCGUGGCCUGUCUGUCAUCAUUCCACAUGUGGCCCGUUUUCAGCACUUGGCCAGCCUGAGGUUGCACUAUGUACAUGGGGACUCAAGACAGCCCUCUGUGGAUGGUGAGGACAACUUCCGCUACUUCCUGGCUCAGAUGGGUCGCUUCACCUGUCUACGGGAGCUCAGCAUGGGUUCUUCGCUCCUUUCAGGCAGGCUGGACCAACUGCUCAGCACUCUGCAGAGCCCCUUGGAGAGUUUGGAGCUGGCCUUCUGUGCUCUGAUGCCUGAGGACCUGCAGUUCCUGGCACGGAGCUCCCAUGCUGCCCACCUCAAAAAGCUGGACCUGAGUGGGAACGACCUGUCAGGCAGCCAGCUGACACCCUUCCAGGGUCUGUUGCAGGCAGCAAGGGCCACACUGCUGCAUCUUGAACUGACUGAGUGCCAGCUUGCAGAUACCCAACUACUGGCCACACUUCCCACCUUGACUCAGUGUGCCAGUCUUCGCUACCUUGGCCUCUAUGGCAAUCCAUUAUCUAUAGCUGGCCUUAAGGAGCUGCUGCGGGACUCAGUGGUUCAGGCUGAGUUGCGCACUGUGGUGCACCCCUUUCCUGUGGACUGCUAUGAAGGUCUUCCCUGGCCACCACCUGCAUCUGUCCUGCUAGAAGCCUCCAUUAACGAGGAAAAGUUUGCUCGUGUAGAAGCUGAGUUGCACCAGCUACUGCUGGCUUCAGGCCGUGCCCAUGUGCUCUGGACGACAGACAUCUAUGGGCGCCUGGCUGCAGACUAUUUCAGUCUGUGAUCUCCAGCUUUGGAUGAUACACAGGUCAGGAGCCUUGUUGGAACUCUUCUGGAGGCCUGACACAGAUGCACUGGUGUCAGGCUUCUUACAGGGUUUGCCUUGUACCCUGGCACACCCUGAGCCUUCUGUUUUCUCUUGUGUCCUUCACUUUGCCUUGCACAUACUUCCUAACUGGCUAUGGGCACUGGGCUGGAUUUGAGGCCGGCAUUGUCCUAUUCAGCGUGGCUGUACUUUGGAGUCCUGGCCCUCUCUGUGGAUAUUCCUGGCAACCUAGCUGUGAGUUGAGAGGGUCAGUUGGUUCUCUGGGCCCUUCUGAAGAGUGCAGUGAACUGAAGUCAGGAUGGCCUGUUUCAGGGAGGCUUGGGGCCCCAUCUUUGAUACCCAAAUCAACCUCUCAGCUAGCUCUGGGACUGGAGGGUGUUAUGGAGGUACAAAAGUGCAGUGUAUCUGGAACUUU